CAUGAAACCCAAAUUCCUGCAACUUUCUCUGACACAAAACCAUUACCAUAAACAUGGGGUGUCAUUCAUGUUGCCAAAAGCAGAAAUUCAAGAAAGGUUUAUGGUCCCCUGAGGAGGAUCAGAAAUUAAGAGGUUAUUUGAUGAGAUAUGGUCAUGCUGGCUGCUGGAGUGCAGUCCCUAAACAAGCAGGGCUUGAACGGUGUGGGAAAAGUUGCAGGCUUCGAUGGAUAAACUACUUGAGACCAGGUCUGAAAAGAGGUGCAUUCUCACUGCAUGAAGAAAAGGUUAUCAUCGAAGCACACGCUGUGCUUGGAAACAGGUGGUCACAGAUAGCUGCGAGAUUGCCAGGGAGAACUGAUAAUGAGAUCAAGAAUUUCUGGAAUUCAAGCAUCAAAAAGAAGCUGAAGCUAAUGGGAAUCGACCCUGUGAGUCACAAACCUCUAAAAGAAAACAGCAGCUGCACAGAUAAAGAUUCAGAUGAUAGCAAAUCUACACCAUCAAAGAUUCAUCCAACACAUGUUUUGCAAACAGAGCCUCCUCAUUUCCAAACAUCAUUUCUGCUCCCAGAUAUGCAAGAUACCACAGGAACAGAUUUGAGUAACAUUGGCAUAGAGGAUUCAAUGCCAUCUUUGAAAAGUGAAGAGGAAAUAGAUCAGAAUGAAUUGUAUGGUGCUUUACCCAAUUCAAACUGUGCUGCAUCUCUGCCAAAGAUCUUCUUCUCAGAAUGGUUAUCACAGUCAUCAACAAGUCAGGAGAAUUCAGAGCACAGCAAUUCUGUUCAUGAUUAUCAUGUGUUCCAAAACAUUGCAUUUCCUUGCCCUGAUCAUUUCACAGGGCUUGUUGAGACUUCUUCCACUGUUAGUAAUAUCAUUCCUCAACUCAAGUUGGAAUUGGGUGAAAUACAGUCCUCCAUUGGUGCAGAUCAGUUAUCCAAACAGUGCAUCACCCAGAUGACAUCUGAUAUAGUUUCUGGUAAUGUGGGAUUCAAUUGUGAGGAUGUUUAUGAUUUUGGUUCAGUUUCUGAGUAUCAUAGUAAUGUUGAAGCUGAUUACAGUAAUUCUGUCAUGUUGUCGCAAGAAAACCUGUCAUGUUAUUCAGUGAAGACAAGUGCAGGAAAAGAUAAUAUGGGUGUCAGUACUGAGUUGUUCUGGGAUAAUGGAAGAGCUAGCAGCAGUAACAGUAGCAGCUAUAAUAACCUCCAUGAAAUGGACAAUGCAGAAUUGUUUUGGAGAUAGAUGCAAUCCCUAAGGUUAGCAAUAAUCAUCUGGGGAUUGGAUUGAAUAAAGUAAAAAAGAAUAAAAUCAUUCAGAAUCCAAUUCUAUGGAA